GCGCCAUUUCGCACGUCUUUCCAGAGAGUAAAAGGCCAUCCUCCAUUGAAGCCUCUAUGUAAAAAAUCCCGACUCCACCGUGCGACAGCAAAAAUCGUUCAAGACAAGAUGGCCCCGCCCCGCAACUGUUCGUCCUCGUUCUUCUCCUCUUCUGUCGGGAAUUGUCAUUCCAAGCACACUGCCUCGUGCUCGUUUCGUCUUCCGCACAAGUACUACAACCGGUGGAAACGACGCUGGCUUUUCACAGUACGGACGGUCUUUCUCAUCUUCUCCUCCUCCUUCCUCACGAAAAUAACUACUACUCUAGCACAGGAACAAGUGGAUCAUGCUGCCGAGCAGGGAGUUGACAACAACCUUUCGCCAGCCGAACAAGACGACGAUGGCCGCACCCAACCACCAUCACCGCAAAAGCAGCAUUUUUUCCUCUGCGUGUUCAUCCCGGUCACCAAAAAAUCCAAGAAGGAUGUGGAGCUGUCGAAAGUCCAACUGAAAACGUGGAUGACGAGUCACAAACGACACGAUGUCCGGGCGUUUUUCAUCGGCGAGGUUCUGUCGGAAGAGCACAGAAGUAGAACGAUAUCGAUCAUCGGCGACGACGAACUACCGUAUGACCAGCUCCCGGUCCGGACGUUCAAGAUGUGGACGUAUUUAGGUUUGGGCGAUUGGAAGCUUCUCGCCAGGAAAAACCGGUUUCAAUUGGAAGAGGACGAUAUCCCACGAAAAAACUGUUCCACUGUGAUGAUUUUGCAAGAUCUGCAUCGCAAGUUCGUUACACGUGACACAGAAAAUUUGCCAUGCGCGCUUCCCUAGGGAAAGCGCUGUUGACUACCUAACCUCUUGCAGGUGUAGCAAGGCAAACACUAUGGUGUUUCAUUUUCUGCAUCACAAGUUCACAGACACAGUGAAGCAGUUUUUUCCUGCGAUAGACGAGGCGGAAGAACAUGCCAGGGUGUUGAAAGAGUACAACAGAACCGGGUAUCAGCGGUAUAAAAGUAGAACCUUGUGGUCGAAUUUUCAUGGGGAGGUAUUAGAUAGCGGAAAUCCCUCCAGUUCCGCCACCGCUACGCAAGGAGGCGAUCAUACUAGUAGCGCAACAGCCCCCCCCGUCAAUGAUCAGCAUGCAGCUACGGUGCAUUACGGUGGCAGAGUGCGCGGGCGCGAGAAAAUCUUCAAUGGAAGCAGGACAAAAUCUAAAGCCGGGCCUGCUGGUACGAGUGCAGACGUAGAUAUGGACCGGGAGGACUCUAGUAUUGUCGACGACACAUCAUCAUCAAGGCCUGCUAGUACUACUACUGCGACCAAUCUCUGGAACAGUAGCCCGAAUAAAAUGAAUCCAGGCACUCUUGACGCGGACGAAGAUGAAGAUGAUCACGCCUUUUACUUGGAUGACAACAACUUAGUUAUCCUGAGUAAAAACGUACCCACACCAGAGUCAGGAUGGGGAUUUUGCAACACAAACCUAGGAGUUUUGUGAGUCACGCAUGACAAGUUGCACUAUGCAGUGUAGUGCAGGUUAGCAAGUGCAGCCGCAUUACAGAUUCAUCUGCUCAUCCUGUUCACAGCGUCACAAAUUCCAAAACACGACUGGAAAUAGCUCUCAUGGGGAUGCGCAUUACAAGUCUUCCUGUCUUUGCAAAUCUGCAUUACAACUCUGGUGUGGGGACGUUUUUACUCAGGAUAUUAGUUGAGCACACGGCAGUCGACACCGAAAGGUACCUAUGCGCUGCAAGAAAAGUAUCGCACUCGUAGAAAUUGCAGAUAUGCAUUACAACUCUCCGCUCUCAGGUGAAUCAGCAUUACAAAUUCCAUUUUUCCCAUUGGGAAUAAAACUUGUAAUGCAAUUUCCACUACUACGAUUAUACUUUUGCAAUGCAUAAUACCAUCUUUGGUCCCCCGCGUUUUCUGAUCAGGUGACCUGUGAUUACUACAUGAAAGCGGACCCCGAUUCCUACGUCAAUGUCCCAGCAGUCGUCGACCGGUUGCAGUGCUUCGCAAGCGACUUUUCGGAGAAAGAUAGUGGGGAUGAUGAAGCUGUUGUACGAUUUGAAGCGCAAAAAGAUGAAGCAGCAGCAGCCUCUUCAUCCACCGAUGCCAACAACAACCUCGAGCAGCAGAUAUCCACCACCUAUGACGACGAAUCGACCAGAACCAACUACCCAGUGCAAGUUCAAAACAAACAAUACUUCGGCGUGGUGCACGCAGUUGCGCCCGAUGAACACACAGCCCUCUUUUUCGGCCACGGCGGUAGUGGCUACAUGAUCAACUACAAUCUCCUCCACGACAACGUGGCACAGUGGUCCAUUAAUUGCCUAUCGGAACUGAUCAAAACGAGCAACGGGGUGGGGAUGGAAGACGUUCUGUUCUCCCGGUGCUUACGCGACGAAUCGGACAAGAAAAUCGGGGUUUUGUCCUACGGACACACUUACACGGAGUUUAUUCUCAACUUCCACCAAGCGGAAAGAUACAUUUUGAACGGGACGAGAUUACUGCACGGCGUGGACUUAUUACCCCCGCCUCUAUCCAAAUGCACGCUCGUCGCCCACCCGAUUGAGAAGCCGCAGGAUUUGGUUUUAACCCACAAGCGAAUAACGGAUGAUUUUUCGAAACAGCAGAAACACCUAAUUGACAGCCGGGCGAGUAGAUCUUUGGUUCCCCCGCAUAUCCUGAUCGAGGAAAACGACGACAGCUGUUUUCUGCAGCCGUUUUUGAUCUCCAAGCAGGCGGAGGUCCGGAUCAGCAAGGGCAGCGAGUCGCAAUUCAACUGGAGUAAGCCACAGAUGAAGCAGCUGUACGAAUGCUACUUGAAGGUGAAAAACAACAAGGAAGGGCUAAACUACGCAACCGGGAGUUCUUCCACUUUAGCCUGUGAAUGGACAGCGAUUGAAAACGAGAAGUACUACGGGUUAAAACAUGCCCCGUACGCGGACGACAGUUACAAGAACUGCAAACUCGCCUGUUGCGAGUCCUUCAGUUGCGCGAUCUUCCUCUUUCGGGAGCGAGACGGGUGUUGGCUGGGGCACCACGAAAUUGUGGAGAAGGGGAAGUUAUCAAAUGUAAAAAUGUCUGGGUCUGGAAACUUGUGAUGCAAGUCCGUGAGCAAUAAAGUGCUCUGUAAUGCGCCGCCAAGCAUGACAAGUUUUUUCGUGUUCCUGUGCUGCGUAUUUCGGAUGAGAAACUGCGCUUUUGCAUGACAGGCAAGAGGACCUCUUGGUGGCCACGCAAGACAGAGUGCAGAGUCAUGCUAGACUAGCAUGACAAAUCUCGCAAUCUUCCGUUCCAGACAUUUUUGCAGGUGAUAGAAGUCCGUGUUUGAGCCGCAGUGGCGCGGCGGGAUGAAGGCGAGGUUGACACGGAGCUUGCCGGUGAUGUUAACGAGGAAGUUGAGGAAUUUGAGUUUAGUGGGGAGAGAAGAUGGCUCUGGCUCAGAUUCAUCUGCAGGAUCGCGUGCUGAACAAGUGCCAGCCGCUUCUGGAUCCACUUCGUUGAGAACCCAGAAGCAAGUAGAUUCAAUUCUCGAUUUCUACAUAGACGACAUGAGGUUUAGAAACUAUGCAAAUAUGUUGUUGAAACAGGAUGAGCUUUCUUUAAAUGACUUUCACAGGAGGAUUUGGAACAGGUUCGAAAUGCACAUGCAGAUGGAGAAUGGUGGACUUGGGAUGCAAGGACGGGCGCAAAUGUACGAGAAAAAAUACAAUCUGCAAU